AUGAAUUUUCCUAACAAAAUAAGAUAUGAUAAGAAAUUACAUGAUUUUGAAAAUGUGUAUAGGAAAAAACAUAUAAUUCAUUAUUAUUUAAAAAAAAAUGAUGUAGUUACUUGCUUAGCUGAAAUUAGACAAGGCACGUCACCCUUUAUAAGAGACGAAUGUAAUAGAACAGCCUUAGAUUUAGCUAUCGUAUUAUUUAUGAAGAAAUUUCAUGAAUGUAUUUUUACAUGUUUGAUUACUGAUUUUAUAUAUUGUAAAAGUAAAAAAUAUGAUGGUUUAAAAACUAAUCUUAUAUAUAAUGAAUAUGAAAAUAUAGUAGAAAAUGAAAAAAAUGUAUGUUAUUCAAAAAAUAUAUUUUAUGAUGAUAUGUUUUCAAAAAAAGAAAAAGAAUCAAUGGAACAAAACAUAGAACAAAAAAUUGGUAAUGUAUCUCCUUUCUUAUUAUUACAAAAAAAUGUUCAGCCUUUUUUAAGAAAUCAAAGUUAUAAAAAUGAUGAUGAUAACAUAUAUAAAAACUAUUGUGAAAAAAAUGAUAUAUUAUUUUUAUCAGAAGAAGUAAUAACCUUUCCUAUAUCUAAAACGAUUCAAGCACAACUAGAUGAUAUUUUAAGAAAAAUGAAUGCUCUUUUAUUUUUUAUAAAAAUGUUAUGUAAAAAUAUUAUAUUAAAAAAAGGUUCAGAAUUAACACUUCAAGAGGAAAUUUCCAAUUUAACUUUUCCAUUUUUUUAUAAUACAACUUUACAUACAUUAUUUAAAAUAUAUCCUUUCAAUAGUUACACAAAUAAAUGGGAUAUACACAAUCCAGCAGAUGCUAGAAGAUUAAUUCAUAAAAUACUUUCAAAAAAAUUAAUGGGUACAGAUAUAAUUACUUUUAUUGGAAAAAUUGUAUUUUGCUUUUCAGAAUUAAUUCAUAUAUAUGGACCAAAAAUAUUUGAAUUAAAUUCCUUAUAUUCUCAAUAUUUUUUACAUAUGGCAUUUACCCUAGACAAUGAAUAUCUAUUUAAAGUAAUAAUUAAUAAGCUAAAUAUUUUCACUAGUCAAACAGAUAUAUUUCAUUGGGAUAAAUUAAUUCAUUCAAUAGAACCAUAUAAAAAUAAAUUCAAAUUAUAUUACAAACAAUUGAUAUAUACUAGAUUGAAGAGAUUAUUUAUGAACAAAUUAGAAAAGGUGUUUUACAAAAAAGAAAUAGAUAAAAAUAUAAUUGAUAAUUCAAAUAAUAACUGCAACACAAAAUGUAGAACAAAUAGAUUAUAUUUUACAUGUAAAUCAUUAUUAAAUGGUUAUUAUGAGGAUAUUUUAAAUUGUUCUAAUGCAGAAGAAUUGGAAAUAGUAAUGCAAAAAUUCCUACAUAUCUUGAAAAAAAAAAAAUUAACAUUGUAA